CUCAGACACCAGGGCUGCCCCGGCUGUGGGUGACUUUUUUUUCCGUUUACUUUGCAGAAGUCUCUGGUGGGUGGAGUAUUUAGUAAUCCCUGCUUCCUACACUGGGCUUCGACUUCCUUUUGAAGCAAGUAUUUUGCUACACUAAUCAAAACUUCUCUGGGCCGAGAGCUGUACCCUGAGAGCUCUCUGCUAGCAAAUGUCCCUCUGAAGACGGCCAUGAGAACACCGGCUGAGAUCGUUUGGUUUAUAUUAUGGGCUGUUUGUGUGGCACAAGAUUGCCAAGGACCUCCUCCCAAAAAAACCACAGAGGUCCUGUCGGGUUCCUGGCCUGAGCAAACCUACCCGGAGGGCAAGCAGGCCGUCUACAAAUGCCGGCCGGGGUACCGGACUCUGGGCACGAUCCAGAUGGUGUGCAGGAGUGGAGAAUGGGUGUCUGUGAACCCAAACCGGGUCUGUCGGAAGAGACCCUGUGGACAUCCGGGGGACAUGCCCUUUGGCUCCUUCCAGCUCACUGUGGGAAGCGAGUUUGAAUUCGGUGCCAGGGUGGUUUACACCUGUGACGAAGGGUAUCAAUUGGUAGGUGAAACUAAUUUCCGUGACUGUGAAGCAGAUGGAUGGUCCAAUGAUGUUCCUACAUGUGAAACUGUGAAGUGUUUGCCACUCACAGAGCCCAAGAACGGGAGGAUUAUCACCAGCGGGAUGGAGGUGGACCAGGAGUACUAUUUUGGACAAGUGAUCCAGUUUGAAUGCAACACGGGCUUCAGAAGAGAGGGCCCCAAGGAGGUCCACUGCGCGGAGGACGGGCGCUGGAGCAGCGAGAAGCCGGCCUGUGUGGAAAUAUCCUGCACAUUGCCAGAAAUUCAAAAUGGAUACCCUCUGUCCACGGGGAGAGUUUUUAAGGAGAAUGAACGAUUUCAGUAUAAAUGUCACCCCGGGUUUGAUUACACGGAAAGAGGAGAUGCUGUGUGCACCGCAUCCGGCUGGAAUCCACAGCCCUCCUGUGAAGAAACGACGUGCAAGCCUCCUUACAUUCCAAAUGGCGUCUACUCACCUCACAGGAUUAAACACAGAACUGAAGAUGAAGUCAGAUACCAAUGCAACAAUGGAUUUUACCCCUCCACCCGGGGAAACGUGGUGAAAUGCACCAGCACUGGGUGGGUGCCCGCACCCCGGUGCACCUUGAAACCUUGUGACCUUCCAAAAAUAAAUCAUGGCGAUCUAUAUAACAAAGAGCGAUAUAAACCAUACUUUCCAGUGCCCAUAGGAUCGUCUUUCAAUUACUACUGUGACAGUGGUUUUGUGACGUCAUCAUCACACUCCUACUGGGAUUCUAUUUCUUGCACAGCAGAAGGAUGGACACCAGAAGUGCCAUGCCUCAAGCAAUGUGAACUUCAUUAUGUGGAAAAUGGAAGGUAUCCCAGAUGGCCAAGACUGUAUGUACAAGGUCAGACUGUAAAGGUUGAAUGCAACACCGGCUUCAGUCUUCCCAAUGGACUGAACAUGGUCACAUGCACAGAGGACAACUGGAAACCUCCUCUCAAAUGCAUCCGUGUCAAAACAUGCUCAAAAUCAGAGAUAGAAAUCGUGAAUGGGUUUCUGUCCCAGUCAGAUUAUGUAUACAAUGUAAAUAAACAAACAGAAUUCAAGUGCAAGCCAGGAUAUAUCACAACAGAGGGGGAAACAUCGGGAACAGUGACGUGUCUGCAGCAUGGCUGGUCGGCGCAACCUGCUUGCAUCAAAUCUUGUGAUAAGCCAGUAUUCGAGCAUGCCAGCUCCAAAAAUAACGCCUCGUGGUUUAAACUCAAUGACAAAUUGGACUAUGAAUGUCACGUUGGAUAUGAAAAUAAACAUAAAAAAGUCAAAGGUUCCAUAGUGUGUAAACAUGACGGAUGGUCAGAUACACCUUCUUGCUUCGAAAGAGAAUGCAAGAUUCCCAAAAUGGAAAAAUACUUAAUAGCUGAUCCCAGGAAAGAAAAAUAUAAGGUUGGAGAUGUGUUGAAAUUCUCCUGCCGGCCAGGACGUACAAGAGUUGGGCCGGAUUCGGUGCAGUGCUACCACUUCGGGUGGUCUCCACAGGUCCCAGUGUGCAAAGAAACCGUCCAGCCCUGUGGUCCCCCACCUGAACUGCUCCACGGGGAAGUGAAGGGACCCCUGGAAGAACAGUAUGCACACGGCGAUGUGGUGGAGUACAACUGCACCUCUAGAUUUCUCAUGAAAGGACCAGAGAAGAUUCAAUGUGUUGAUGGAAAAUGGACAACCUUGCCAGUAUGCAUCGAGGAGCACAGGACGUGUGGAGACAUUCCCCAGCUGGACCACGGCUACACCCAGUCCUGGGAGCCCGGUGCCCCGCAUCGCCAUGGGGACACGGUGGAGUUCCAGUGCUCAGAAGCCUUCACCAUGGUUGGGCCCAAGUCAAUCACGUGCGUGAGUGGAGCGUGGACCCAGCUUCCCCAGUGUGUCGCGACAGACCAGCUUGAGAUGUGUAGACCACCCAGGAUUAAUACACACGAAGCAAGUCAGUCAGAAAAUCGGGAGUAUCCUCAUGACUACGUCCUAAGUUACAGAUGCCGAGGGAAGCAAGAACGUUCAAAGUGCGUGAACGGGAGAUGGGACCCUGAACCAACCUGUACCAAGAUAGAACGAGGCUGGUGCCCCCCUCCCCCACAGAUUCCCAAAGCCCAACCUAUGGAAACCACCGUGAAGUAUCAAGAUGGAGAAAAGCUGUCUGUUCUUUGCCUGGAAAAUUACCUCAGCCAGCAGGGAGAGGAGAUGCUGUGCCAAGACGGGAGGUGGCAGGCCCUGCCACGCUGUGUGGAGAAAAUUGGAUGUUUUCAGCCACCCAGCAUCGACUAUGGGACUAUCCAAUCUCCUAGGCUUCUGGAAGAAAUGAAGGAAGCAAAUGCGCCCAGACCUUACAAACAUGGCACCAAAUUCAAUUAUAUCUGUGACGAUGGCUUCCAACUCUCGGCAGAGGAUGGGACCAGGUGUCACCUGGGGAAAUGGAGCCCACCGCCUCAGUGUGUGGGACUCCCUUGUGUGUCUCCACCUUCGAUUGAGAAUGGCGUUGUGUCUCACCAUGCAGACAGUUACCAAUACCAAGAAGAAGUCAGCUACAACUGCUCUGAAGGCUUUGGAUUUGAUGGACCUUCGUUUAUUAAAUGUAUAGGAGGAAAAUGGUCUACCCCACCCAGAUGCAUAAGAACAGACUGUUUUGACGUACCCAGAGUCGAUGUUGCCAAACUCAUGGGCCAGAAGAAGGCCGUAUACAAGUCAGGGGAACAGCUCACUUAUGAGUGCCCACCAUUCUACCAGCUGAAUGGAUCCAAUACUGUGACGUGUGUAAAUGGCAAGUGGAUUGGAAUGCCAACAUGCAAAGAUAAUUCCUGUGUGAACCCACCCAAAGUGGGAAAUGCUACUAUGGUGUCCAGACAGAUGGAUAAAUACCCGUCUGGUGACAGAGUACGCUAUGAAUGCAACAAGCCUUUUGAACUAUUUGGGCAAAUGGAAGUCAUGUGUAUGAACGGAACAUGGACAGAACCCCCUCAGUGCAAAGACGCCACCGGAAAGUGCAAGGCCCCUCCGCCCAUCGACAACGGCGACACCAUCUCGUUCCCGCUGCCCGUGUACCCGCCACUCGCGACCGUGGAGUACCAGUGUCAGUCUCUGUACCAGCUCCAGGGAAACAAGAGAGUCACGUGCAGAAACGGGGAGUGGUCGGAGCCGCCCCGCUGUCUGCAUCCAUGUGUAAUAUCAGAAGAAAUUAUGGAAAGACAUCACAUAAUGUUCAGGUGGAGAGAACAGCAAAAGCUUUAUUCUAAAUCAGGAGAAACAGUUGAAUUUGUAUGUCAAUAUAGAUUUCAUCACUCACCAGAAACACCAUUGCGUGUGGAAUGUUAUGAUGGUCAUCUGGACUACCCCACUUGCAGAAGAAGGGGUUACUAAAAGGAUAACAGUAGCCAGGCACCCAUGGCUCACACCUGUUAUCCAACCUACUCAAGAGGCUGAGAGCUUAAGAUUGUGGUUCAAAGCCAG